UGAUGGUAUCGUCAUUUGCACGUGCAAGCCAGGUCAGCCCAUCAGUCACGUCGACCACGUCAACUACAUCCAUGGACUUCCUCACCACACGCGGCAAUCCAUGACAAUGGUUCCUCGCAAGCGGCAGAGACCGAAUCCGGCCGCCGCAGAGAGUAAGAACGAUUCGAACAAAGCUUCUCUGCCGACGCCGUUGCCAGCUUCAGCUUCAGACCCGACCAGCACCGAUCGGCAACAGGAGCUGCCUGCAGGUUCGCAAAAUGCCGAUGGAAGCAACGAAAGCUCACAGGGACUACCUAAACAGGUCCGCAAGUCGCAGAGCUGGUACGGAUCUUGGCCGCGAUCCCCCAAAGCGACAGCGUCGACGUCGGUAGCGAAAGAAAACAUUCUCGGAGGAGGCAUCAAACCUAUAAAGAGCGACGACCUGAGCAAAUACGACAAGAAGAACGAUAGUGGCCGUGCGAGCGUACGUAGUGUUGCGGCACCCAGUGGAUUGACAGAGAUACCGGAGAAUGGCGCGAAGAAAGACGCCUCAACGCAGGAGGCGGGUACACAUGCAAGCUCAAACAUCAGAACAGAGGAAGCGGCUGGCGGUGAUAAAGCCGACGCUGUCGAAAACAGACCGGAGCACGCGCAAGAACAACGCGAGCAACAACCCCAGACCACCGACCAGGCUUCGAAUCCGUCCUCGGGAUGGUUGGGGUGGUGGUCACGAACACCUUUCCUAGAUACGCAAGCUACACCAUUGCUUCCAGUGCCUCCCGGAAACGGAAGCCUGCCACCCAGGGUGGAAGAACAAUCCAAAGACGAUCAACCGCCUCGACCUAGCACGCCGCCCGCACAAACAGCAGAAGGAAACGGCCUUCCGCAUGCACCGCAAAGCGCCCCGGAGGCACCAGGCUGGUUUGGAUUUUGGUCUUCAACUGUGCCUUCCCGCAGCGCAGCCGAGUCCAUGAAGGAUAUCAAGGACGGGGCAAGUGAUCCGGGAAGACCAACAAACGGUGAACGAUCGAACCAGCCUGAUGAAGUCACCAUGUACGAUGCGCCGUCGGAAGCCAAACCGCAGUCGGGACCACAAUCCGGGUCAGCAUGGGCAUUCUGGUCGAAACAAUCGCCCCCGUCCAAGAAGCAGGCGCAGCCAAAUGAGCAGGGUGAAAUCGCUGUCAUUGGCGAGAGUUCUGAGGCACACCCAACACCAAUGGCUGAGGGAGAUGUAACAUCGCCCAAGGCGACGAAGACCAAGGAGUCAGUCGGCAUGCUGACGUGGAAGAGGAGCAGCAAGCGGGUGCGUCCUCCGUCUAUGGACGUUGAUGCUCAGUCGCCUACUCCCUCGGGGGUCUCGACGCCUCGUGAAGCUCAGACUCCUGUCACGGCAAAGGUUGACUCCUCGAGCAAGUCCAUCAGCGAGUCUGAGUCGUUAGCGAAAACGCAGCCAAACCUCCUACUGCCAUCAUUCUCCGGCACGUAUCAAAUGAAGCAGGACCCUUCCAUCAUGAAGCAGAUUGCGCAGCUUCUGCUCCGGUCGCAGCAGCCACCCGCGAACCAUGUCUAUCGAUCAAAGGAGAUUCCCACGGUUCGCAAAGCGAUCUCAAUAGGUGUUCAUGGCCUGUUUCCGGCUACAUACUUACGACCCAUGAUUGGGCAACCUACUGGCACUUCGAUACGGUUCGCGACACUAGGCGCUGAGGCCAUCAGGCGGUGGACGGAGAGGCAUGGCCUGCCAGAGUGUGAGAUUGAGAAAGUCGCCCUGGAAGGGGACGGCAAGGUCAAUGACCGGGUGGACAACCUUUGGAAGCUGAUGUUGAAUUGGGUGGACCAUAUCCGCCACGCGGAUCUUGUACUCAUCUCCUGUCACUCACAAGGAGUCCCAGUGAGCAUCAUGCUGCUGGAGAAACUCAUUGAUCUGAGUAUCCUCACAACUGCCAAGAUUGGCGUCUGCGCAAUGGCCGGCGUUGCUUUGGGCCCCUUCCCAGACUAUAAAUCAGGCAUUUUUAUGGGCUCAGCCGCUGAGCUGUGGGAGUUUGGUGACCCAGACAGUGUCAACUCCCUCCGCUUCGAGUCUUGUUUGAAGAGGGUGGUUGACUACGGUGCGCGCGUCACCUUUGUCGGCAGCAUCGACGAUCAGUUGGUACCCAUGGAGUCUGCUAUAUACUCACCGGCGGACCACCCGUACAUCUAUCGAGCCGUCUUCAUCGACGGUCGCAUUCACGCCCCCGACUUUAUAGCUCACUUGGUUGGCUUUGCUCUCAAGCUUCGCAACCUCGGUAUCUCCGAUCACGGCCUCAUUCGUGAGCUAUCCGCACCCCUCGCGGGCUCACUCUACUCGGGUGAAGGUCACUCCCGGCUCUACUACGAUGACCAGGUGUACGACCUCGCCAUCUCCCACGCGCUCGAGACGACCUCCAUCCCCCAGAAUCAGCAGCAUCCCUGCCACAUUCAUCACAGAAACAAGGGCGCCAUCGUCGGCGCCAAUGCUCAGACAACAAACCCGUACAUUCUGCCCUGGAUCAUGCGCGGCCUCCUCGAAGAAGACUUUGUCAAGACCGAGCUAAGUGACGAGACCAAAGAACUGCUGCGCCAGUUUGACGAUUGGAAACCAACAAACAAGGCACUCAAGGACGUCAAGUAUAGACUAGAGGCAGUCAGGAGUAAGCUUUAGACAGAGACGCCCCUUAUGAAGACACCGUAUCUCUGCCCACGCACGCUAACGACUUGUGUCGAGAGGACAUUGGAUGAUUGAUGUACAC